UCAGCGCGGCGCUGCCCCGGUGACGGAACGUUGGUGGGCUCCGUGCGGUGCUGGGCUCCGUGCGGUGCUGGACUCUGCGGUGCUGGCCAUGAUGGCAGGGAGCAGCCGGGCCCCGUCCGUGUGCUGGGAGCAGAUCCUAGCGAAGGAGCGCGCCUAUGAGGAGUUGCUGCGGAGGUGGGAGGUGUCGCCCGGGGAGAACCCGGGGCGGCAGGAGCGGAUCUGGGCCGUGUCCCUCGGGGCGCUGCGCUGGAGCCUGGCGGCGGAGCUGCGCCUCGCCAGCAAGGAGCUGAUAUCGCUCCGCCGGGCCGCCCUGUGCCGGCUGCUGCAGGACGAGCACCGGCAGCACCAGCGGGAGCUGCGGCAGCGCGGCAAGGCCUUCCACGUGGAGCGGCUGUGACGCGCGGGGAGCGGGCUCCGCGGGCUCCGUGCGGCGCUCGGCCGGGAAUAAAGCGGCUGAAGCAGACGGGGCUGCGUGCACCGGGCGC